CACUCCAUCCAAUGACCUGAUUCUCUAUCUCCUCGCCCCUUUCCUUUAUCUUUUCUCAAAGUUGGAGCAAAGCAUAACAAAACCCACCCCAAAUCCAACACCACUCUCUUCUACCACAUUGGUCACGAAGUAGCCCAAAGAUCCAAUCUUUAUGCUCCACAGCCUCAAUCCCCUUUCGAUCAGAUUAGAACAAUGGAGCUGGGUCUUGUUCCCCUGCUCCUUCUCUGCUUCUUCAUCUCUAUCUCCAGCGCAGAGUUCUCGGCCAAGGUGGGUGUGAACUACGGCCAGCUGGGCAACAAUCUACCAUCUCCAUCAGAGUCUGUGAAGCUAAUCCAAAACCUCAAAGCCAAACGCGUCAAAAUCUACGAUGCCAACCCCAAAAUCCUGGAGGCUCUCCGGAACACAGACCUCCAAGUGUCAAUGAUGGUGCCCAACGAGCUCAUCAACAACAUCUCCUCGAACCAAACCCUCGCCAACCAAUGGGUCCACGCCAAUGUAGUCCCCUUCUACCCACAUACCCUAAUCCGUUACCUCCUCGUCGGAAACGAAAUCCUCUCCGCGCCGGACAAGUCCAUCUGGUUCAAUCUGGUUCCGGCCAUGCGUAAAAUCAAGAAGGCUCUCAAAAUCCACGGAAUCACCAAAGUCAAAGUCGGGACACCAUCCGCCAUGGACGUCCUCGAGUCGUCAUUCCCGCCGUCAAACGGUACAUUCCGGUCAGAUAUCUCCUCCUCCGUGAUAAAACCCAUGUUGAAGUUUCUCUUCAAAACCAAGUCGUUCUUCUUCGUCGACGUUUACCCGUUUUUUCCAUGGGCAUCCGACCCGACCCACAUCGAUUUGGACUACGCUCUACUCGAAUUCACCAACAUCACUUACACCGAUCCGGUUUCGGGUCUGACGUAUCACAACCUCUUCGAUCAGAUGGUCGACGCUUUGAUAUUCGCGAUGAAACGUCGCGGGUACCCGGAUAUCCGGGUCUGGAUCGCCGAAACGGGUUGGCCCAGCGGCGGAGAUUACGACCAGAUUGGCACCAACAUCCACAACGCCGCUACUUACAACCGCAACGUGAUCAAAAAGUUCACGGCCAAACCGCCGGUCGGAACGCCGGCCCGACCGGGCGUGGUGCUGCCGAGCUUCAUCUUUGCUCUGUACAACGAGAACAUGAAACCGGGUCCGGGUACGGAGCGGAAUUUCGGGUUGUUGUACCCGAACGGGUCGAAUGUGUACGAAAUUGAUUUGACCGGGAAGACGCCGGUGUUGGAGUUUAAGCCGUUGCCGCCGGCGACGAAUAAUAAGCCGUAUCCGGGGCCGAUAUGGUGCUUGGUGAAGGAGGGAGCUAAUAAGACUGCGGUUGCAGAGGCUUUGUCAUAUGCUUGCUCGCAGGGGAAUAAAACUUGUGACCCGAUCCAACCCGGAGGGAAGUGCUUUAAGCCCAAUACAUUGGCCCAACAUGCGAGCUAUGCGUUUAGUGCGUAUUGGGCCCAAUUCAGGAAGGCCGGUGGAAGCUGCAGCUUUGGUGGUCUGGCUGUUCAAACCAUCAAGGAUCCAAGUUAUGGAUCAUGUAAGUACCCGGGUGCUAAGAUAUGAAUUUGGAAGGUCUGUGCAAUGGCAGUGCAUUUGCUCUCUCUUCCUCUAAAACUAGCUGAAUAAGCUGCUUCCAUUUGUUUCUCGGACGUGCUAAUUACUUUGGCUCGCUCUUCAUUUUUUCUUGAUAUUUAUCUAUUUAAGAGCAAUUAGAAGAUUUAUUCUAGGCUAAAGGAAACUCCAGUAACAUUUUUAUUCUCCAAGGAGUGGCCUUAGGUAACUAGAACAGAUUAGACUCCUUUGAGAUUAUAAUGUGUUUUUUAAAUCCACAUUUUGAUGCUAUUCCAUUGCCAUUUUGUUGUGCA